UAGAACAUUGUAUUAUCAGAAGUUCAGUACCUUUUAGGUGCCGUUCAUCUGAAUAGACAGAUAACUCAAUGGCAUAGCGAUUUAUUUUCAUUGUGUAAUGUGAUUUAUUUGGCCAGGAGGACUGCGUAUUUCACCACAAUAAAUCCAAUACAUGCAAACGCUGCGAACUCACCCACCCCCCGCAUCCAAUCAAAUCCCUCUUUGGAUGAAGGAUACCAAUCAGUCGACUCGUUUACGGAUCGCGCAUUAAAACACGGCGGCUACCGUCGGCGCUGCUGGUCACACAGCUGAGAGGUGAUCAGUGAGCACUGUGCAGCGCUCUGUGAAUAUGGACACCUCUUCCCGAAUCAGAGGUCGUUUCAGAUCCAGGACAUCCGUAAGGAAAGAGACUGUGCGUGAAAAUGGCCCACAGUGUGUGAAGAGUCUCUUCAGAAGCAAGAAGGAGCUGUGCAGCAUCACCUUCGAUCUCCCGCCAAGGGAUGCAACAAGACUGACCGAGAUUCACUUUGUGUGUCUCCCUGGUCAUUGUGAAGGAGAGGAUGUGGCACAACAAGCCCUGGCGUCACUUCCUAGUGGAUUGUCUGAGUCCCUGCGGGCCCUCCAUGUCCAUGGUCUAAAAAAUGAUGAGGUUUUGUUGCUCAAAGAUUCCCGCAGGUUGGCAGAACACAGGGAAGCUGGUUAUCAGUGCUGGUUAAAAGCUGUUUGUGUGCUGAGGCACAAUCCAAGCGCCAGCGUCCACUCUCAAACCAGCGUGGCAUCAUUGGUGGGCUUGCUUGGCUGCUACAUGGCAGGACUUCGCUAUGCUUUGGAGCUACAAGCUAUUCACAAAGGAUCUGGCGACCCUAACCUGCCUGAGGAGGAUGACACCAACCAGUCAGUUUCUUCAAUUGAGGACGACUUUGUCACCGCCUUGGAGCAUCUUGAAGAGGAUGACUCUGGAGAGCACCCUUCCUCCUAUCGCCACCUUAAAAAACGUGAUGUGGCGUCACAAACCAUACCCGCCCAUAAAAGACGUAAGGAAUUAUCUGGCUCCUGUGUUGUCAUCCGCUCAUCUUCGAAGAAGAAUUCAUCAAAGACUGAGGCUGCCUCAGAUGUUUCGGUCACGGUGCAGAGGUCAGCAGGAAUAGAAAGCCAAUGGACUUACUGCAGUCAAGGUGCUCGCCUCCCCUCCCCACAAGUCAGUGAGUCAGAGGAGUCUGACUGUUCCAGUCCAAGUCCAAUCAUUUUCCUAGAUGAAGUGGGCUACCAAAAGAGCCUACUGGCUAAGCUGGACAUUCCACAAGUGCCAGGGGCCCCCAGAGAGAGAGUGGAAGACUCUGACUCUGAAGUUAGUGAGUUCUUUGACAGCUUCGACCAGUUCGAUGAUCUGGAAGAGUUGAGUUCAGAGAGCUGCACCCUAACAUUGCCUCUGGAUGCUUCCUGUUCCACCAAUACACAAAAUGCAGCUGAGACCACUGGCUCCACAACAAGAUAUAUUUCUCGAGGUUGUUCCACGAAUAGUAUGAAUCCUCACCGCUUUGACAAGCGCACGCUCCCAGCCAAUGUGAAAAAACCCACUCCACUCAAACCAGGCUCUCCAUUUGGACUUCAUUCAGAGGUGCCCGACUCCCCGAGACCUGUACAGACACCCUCCGAUGACAAUGGUGGCCCACUCUUCAGUCCUGUCAGUUCAUCCGCCUUCAGCCCAUUGGUGGACUCCAGUGGUAACCUUGAAUUUUUCUGGAAGAAAGACGAUGAUACACAGGACAGCACUGAAUUACGCAAACCCCAGGACCUUUGCUCUUUAUACAAAACCUACUCAGACUUUGCCAGCAGCCUAUCAAACGAAAUUCUCGGCUCUGUAUGUGGCUACCAAUCGGCAGUAGACAUUAAUGAUAACAAAAACCUUAGCUGCGUCUGCCACAAGGAGUUUAAAAACCCCUCUGGUUAUCUGAUGAAGCUGUCGGAAAUCCAGGAGACAGUAACUGUUGACAAGCUCGAGAAAAAGUCUCAUUCCCUUAAAGAUGGUAUCCAGAGGUUUGCCAGCGACCUUGUGGAAAUGAGCCUUGGCAGUGCUUUCCGUGAUAUUCAGAAAGGUGUUUCUACCUGUACCACCACCUUGUGUCACCUUGCAGCAAGGCUUACCUCUUCAGUAUUUCAAAUGGCCUUCCAUGAAAUUGGUAUGCGCCAAGCUUAUGUUCUGAAGGAACGUGCAGUCAACGGACUAGCUGGCUUCCUUGUGGGAGAGGCUAUAUCAGGAGCAUUGAAAGAGUUUCUCACUGUGAAAAAACAAAUCUUUCACAACACAGUGACACGUUUUGCUGCCGAUCUGGCUGAAGAAUUGGUGUUUGAGGGUAUAAUGGAAGUAUGCCAGUUCUCUUACCCAUCAACCCCCUUGACUCCUGGCGAAUGGUCAUUUGGUCAGUGUAAUGAGGAGCAAGAGGAAGAAGAAGAGGUGGUUUCCUCAUAUGCUUCAGACUUGUCUGAGUCUGUUAUUCAGGAGGCCUUCAUUGAGCUCUCUCAGGCAGAUGUUGCCUUCACAAGCCAGGCGGCCAUUAGUGUAUCUCUGGACAACAUCUGCUACGUCAAUGCAGACAUCUCCAGCACUGAUACCUGCAGUACUUUUGUAAACCAGCAUGUUUUGCCUUCCAGUUCAGUUACUGUAGUUCCGGGAGGGGAUUCAAACUGUAUUGUGAAGAAAGCUCUUUACACUGUAUCUGGCAUGGCGAGCUGCAUUCCUGUACCCCGCGCGGGCCAAGCCCUUUUCCUCAUUGAAGACUCCCCUGAAACAUCUAACUCCAGCCUCAAAAGCGAAACUCUCCCGUUGCAGGAUCCAUCUGUUGUUACUAAACAUAACCAUGGAACUCAGACUCCAAUUGAAGAUGAUCUUUCCAAUGGAAAAUCAAUGUUCCAAAACUUUUCUGGCAACAUGGUUGAUAUGAUAGUAAGUGAAGCCUGUGAGCUUAUCACUUCUUCAAAGGUGAAGAAGGGUUUUGAUGAGUGUGCUGGGUUUCUUACAAAGACAAUUGGAAGCCAAAGAUGCCCUGAAAAACAGGACAUGAUUCCCAGUGAGGUCGGUGCUUCAGGGUUGAUGAUGCACUGCCUUAAUGUACCGUCCACUGAGGUAACUGGGCAACGAUCUAAAAUUAUUGCGAGGGAGGAUUCGGGUCAAAAAUCACGAGGGACCCCUGGUACACCUCCAUCUACACCUCAGCAGCCUAGUGAAGUGUCCAAGGAGAAACAAAUUAAACAGUUCUCCAAGAAGUUGAAGACUAAACUAGCGAAGGAAUUUUCCCCUGCCACUCCACCACCAACACCUCAUUAUCAACCAGAGUCUGGCCAAGGACUAAAGGAUAUUACCCCUGAAGAAGAGAAGAAUGAGUUCAUGCUAAAGCUCAUGCGAUCUCUUUCUGAAGAAGCUGAGGGAAAUGGGGAUGAAGAGGAGGAUGGCGUUGAAGAGUCUGGUGCGAUGAGGAAAUCAUUGGAUAUAAAAUGUGAGCAACAUGAAGUUAAAAGAAAGUCCUCAUUGAAAGUGUCCAACAAGGAAGCUCUCCAUUAUGCUGAGAGGUUGGCGUGUCAUAUUGUCUCUAUGGCAACUGAGAUGGAUAACAUAGGUGUCGCUGAGGAAGAAGCGGAUCAAAGAAAGGAAAGCGAGAGAAGGCGGGACAGUGUUGCCCACUUUUCAGAGCAGACCCUGAACACUCUGUGGGUGUAUGCUGGAGAGGUUGCUGGAGAUGUAAUCAAUGAUGUGAAAAGAAUGGUGCGCUCCGAGCGUCAAUGUCCAUAUCACAGGCCCAUUAGAUGGAGUUUGGACCGGUCAAGUUCCGAGUCUUCACAUCUCUACCACCAAAGCAAACCUGUCAGCAGCACAUUCCAGAACAAAGAUGAUGGCCUAGCUGAGCAGUGGUCCAAUGACAUGGUAGCGUCUGUCCAUCGAUCCCCAAUCUCCACCUCCAGCACCAUAUCCAGUUCCAUUUCAGGAUUGUCCUCAGAGUAUCCUAGUUGUGAAAGUGUGACUGACGAGUACGCUGGCUAUCUAAUUAAGGUACUGAAGAAAGAGGGAGGCAACAGGGAGUUGGUCCUUGAUCAGUAUGCCAGCCGUUUGGCGUACCGUUCCAUCAAACUGGGAUUGGCGCACGCAAGUCGGAAAAAAAAGCAGAGAUCUUUCAGCACUCGACUACUCAGCUCCAACUCGUUGCCGGAUGAAUGGAGGACUUCUUCUAGUGAGACCUCAUCACUUCUUGAACGCGACGGUGUAGUAGUUUCGAAGUCCGAGGAGGACACCAAGUGUUGUUGCAGAAGCUUGGAAGUGGCUGGUCAGAGAGAGUACACAGAUCUGGUCCACUUUGCAGAGUCAUUAGCCUACAACAUUACAUCUGAUGUUUCACGUAAAUUUCAGUUCCCCUCACAAAGACUGCCUAAGUCUCUGACUGACUCCUGCCUUUAUAAAAGGUCAAAACUUGAAGACAUGACAGAAAAUCUCAUUAGGAACUCCUUCUCCUGCCCUUUGCUGUCAAAGGAGAAUGGAAGUAAGCAUUACCACAGCACAGGCAGCUUGUAUGAUGGAGAAUUCAACAGCCGGGCCAUGCAAGUCAUUGAGCAUUAUGCGAGAAAAAUUGUAGAUGACACUAUGAACAUGAGCCUAGCCUCUGUUGGACAUUCCUUUUGUCAUCAUCAAAGAUCCAAUGGCUUAUCGGGACACUCUUGCACUCAAAUGUUUACUGAGGGAGCUGAGCUGGGUCAAGUUCUUGGCGAGAAGAGGUGUCAUUAUUGUCAGACAAAGGAGUGCUCCUACUGCUCAAAGCUUUGUAGGUCCCACAAACGGCCUAUCAUGCAGAUAAGGAGUCAUGGUCAGGAAUAUCAGACCAAGUCUGAGCGACUGGACAUUCCAAAGAUCCACAUUGACCUGGACCAGAGGUCAGCGUUUGCAGAGGGGAUGGUGUCAAUGGCAAUGGAGAAGGCUAAACGGGAGCUGAGCAACACUAGUCUUAACGCUGAUAGUGGAAUUGGCCAUGACGGGACGAGCUACGCUGAAAGCCUGACUGCAGAGAUCAUGGUCUCUGCUCUGUCGAACAUCUGCCAAGCCUCAAGUGUCAGCUCUCCGUGCCGGGAAGCGACAGAGUCCACAAUAUCCCAGCAAGUGAGUGUCGGUGACGACAGUCUUGGCAGCUGGUCAAACCUGAGCUUUGAGGAUGAGCACGCUGACGACAACAGCAGCUUUCUUCACCUGAGCGACAGCAGCAAUGGGAACAGCAGCAGCUGGAGCAGUCUGGGCCUGGAAGGGGAGACGUGUGAGGAUCGCAUGUCCUUCUCCCCGUCUGACAGUGACAAUCCAGAGGAAAAAGAGACGGAGAUGAAAGAGGAAUCCAGCGCCGGAACCAUCUGCGUGGACAGACCUCAGAGACCCACUUCCAGGACGGCACUGGUUGUCGCCAAUUCGGACGUGCGGGAGCUUUGGCACGGUCAUGUGACCCUGGACCCUCAGCUGAGGGGGAUGCUACAGUGGGCGGCGGCCUCAAUGAUCGACGUCCCGCAGAUCCAACUGAGCUUGGACCGAGAACUUCAGCAGCUCCCUGUCGUGGUCCAACGUCUGCGAGAGAGGAAGUGGCGUGUAGGGGACCUGCUGCACAUCCUUCUGCGCUACUGCGAGGAGAAUCAAGGUCGAGAGGAGGCGAGCUGCGACCCCCACCGCGUCCCUCUCUUCCAGUGGCUCUUGGAUCACGCCUAACACGUCCUCUGUAGUUACGCCGUCUCACCCACCUGCCUCCCCGUUCAGACAGUGUUAUUAUUUACCGGUAACGUUGGUGAGCCCGCACACCUCGCUACACUCGCUGCAUGCAGAGAAAAAAAAAACGAAAAAACAGACCGAUCCCUUCAGUUCCUGGCAGACACUGGAGCGGUGAUUUGGGAGAUGUGUUAUUGUUAGGGAAUCCCCAUAGCUGCCGGGUAGAUGAUGUCAUAGAAUCCACAGCUCACCUCUGCGCUGGUGUUCUCACAUGUUGGGAGACCAACCGCGUGCGCACACCCACGCAUCAUCAGUGUUAGGACUUUGAAGGCGCAUCACAUCUCGCCACUGGAGAUGUUUUACUCAAACACUCUCUAAGACUCAGAUAUCCAUGUUUCUAUAAAGUAUUAACACUUUUAUUCGUCUCCCUCCAUUUGGAGGUUCAACCACAGUGUUAUUUUCAAUCCCACAGUCCAUUUCAUUCCAUUCUUAUUACCAGCAUUGGUGCACUUUUCAAAAAAAGUUUUUUCCUUCACACCUUUUUAGUCUUUCUACUCUUCAGACCUGUGAGUCACAGUUUAACUUCUAAUUACACGCUUGUCACAGAAGGAAGUGUAAAACCCACCCAGUAUGGCCUCCUAAAGUUUUCCUUCCAGAACUCUGUCAGGUUUUGAAAAUAACGCCGUGGUUGCAACAUUCACAAACUUCUGAUAUCAAACUUAGUAAGAAGACGUGGUGAAAUAUCUGAGACCGUUGUACAUUUUAAGAGAGAAAAAAAAGUGUAUUUUUGAAGGUAAAGUAUCUAUUCAAACAUGAAAUCGUGUCCUGAAAUCUAAUUGUUUAAAUAUAUCUAUAUAUCUUUGAAAGCCAUGUUCUCUGGCUGCACGUUGCCAAACACUCUGCUGUGUCAUUUCGGGGAAGAUCCACUGACGCAGUGGUCCGAUUAAUUAGAGGUGCAAGCGACCACUAACCAUCAGUAGCGACAUAGCUCGACACUGGAAUCAUGCGUCUUGUCAUCCUCAAAUUCACCUUGUGGAAUUACAAGUGAGUGGAAGCCGCAACAUCAGCCCCCCCCAGAAUCCUUCCCCACACACACAGACACACAACUGUGUUAGUCACCAGCCCCAAAUACGCACAGCACUACCAUGCACUUUUAACUUGAGUUUCACAUCUCUCUUCUUUAUGGGAAUGUUGGCAUGUCGGCUGAGGCUGAGCGCGACUCUGAAGAGACUGAAGAGCUAUGUGUCGUCUGAUGAUACCUCACACGACUAAAGCUUAUACUCAACAAGUAAAAUAAAAACUUUAUUGUUGCGGAUAGAAAGAAGAGGUCUAAGGGAACAUGAGAUCUUCAAAAUCUUCAAAAGAAACAAAGUUAAUAAAUAUAUGAUGUUAAAAACAUGACAACUUGAUUAAAAAAAAAUAAAAAAAUUCCAGUAAAAACAGGAAAUAAAAGAUUGACUAUAUUUCUGGCAUUAAAUAUAAGUGGCAUCUGUCAAAAUUAACAGAACAAAUAUUUACAGUGGAAAAUCGAACAGUAAAAAUGAAUUUUUAGGAAAAUAGGGAAAUGUGAGUACCGUGACAGAAAUAUCCACAAUUGGGAAUAUGUUUAAAAUAAUAAUAAUAAUAUUAUUAUUAUAAAUAAUAAUAAUAAUAAAAACAAUCUGAUCAGCAGAAAUAUGCAUCAAAAUAAAAGAAAUGCUGACAUUUUUGCUUUUUAAAAUUUAUAAUCAAAUGGAUUGUCUAGCAAAGGAUGAUGUUGAAAAGUUGUUUUAAAUUUAAGAAAAAAAAACAUUGUUGAUUUCUCAACAUGGAACAACCUAAAAUACAACAAUGCCGAAUAAAGAAAAUGAAAGACAAGCUGGUGGAAUAAAAAAUUAACUUGGAAAAAGUACAUGGCAAUUUCUGCAGAUUACUGUCCAAAAAAAGAUUCAAUCUCUUCUGAGUCGUUCAUCCAAUCACCUACAAUGCCGCUUUUGUAAAAACAAUAUUGGGACAUGUCACCAGGCGUGUGAAGCACUGUAAGAUAGCAGCACUGCUCGCUUCUCUGUCACUCUCGGCAGUUUUUGGGCUGCAUGGUUGAAGCGUUGUUCACAUUUGGAGCCGCAGUGACUCGUCCGCUUGCUCUCUGUGUAGGCGGCCAAAAAAGAAAAAAAGAAAAAAAUGAAAAAAAAUCUCCUGUAUGGUGUUUGUUAACAGAAGUGUCCCAAAAGGCUACAAAAAAGAGAGAGAGUGGGAACUGAAGUGCUUCAUCCCGAAUGUAUUUCAUGACACCUGUGCUGAAGUAAACCAAACGCAGCGUGGGACUUGUUUCCAAGUCUGAAUGUUUAUAGUCGUCACUUCCUCUUUAUUUGGACAUUCCUCUGCUCCCCAGGUCGCUGCACUGUUGUGUUGUAAACGCUGGAAGUGAAACUGCGAAGACUCAGAAGCAGAUUUUGUGGAUCCGUUUUGUAAAGUUGUAAAAGAUGUACCUCACCUCAGCUCCCCCUCCCCUCCGUCCCCCGCUUCCUCGUACAAUCCUGCCAAACUAAAGGUAUUUAUUAAAUUAUUAAGUUAUAUAUAUGAGUUUGGGUCCGAUAGCUGUUCUCCCUCGUGGCAUCGCUAUAGUUUACACGUUCUGAGCUUAAAAAUCUGUUUAUGUUGAAGCUUGAUGUGACAAUAAAGCUUUUUAUGUGCUCGA